AUGGCGAACAAGCAGGCUAACCUGGCUGUAACCUUCGACGAGAUCAUCAACGCUGAUCGCCAGAAGAAGAAGAACCAGCAGCUUGCAAGUGAGCUCCUGGGUGGAAAGAACCGCCGAGCCAGUGCACCAGGCCCUGGCGCCAUCCAGAAGUCGCAGGAUGCCAAACCAGGCAGUCUAGCCAGCCGCAUUGGCCCUAGGCGUUCCGUAUCAACCUCCUCGCGUCCCAGGAAAGGCACCCAGGCUCCCGCCACAGUCGCAUCCGCCCGGUCACAGCCUACCCAGAACAACAAGAACAAGAACAAGCGCGACCAGCCUCAGAAUGCCGAACGUCUCUUCAAUGCAAUUAAAUCUCAUAUUGCCCAGCCCACUGCGCGCGGCCCUGGCCUCUCCAUCAAGGGCGUUGCUGGUCCGUUCUUCGUGAUCGGGAGCAACUUCGCGCCGGGAACCACAGCGGCCGACAUUCAAGCCUCGCUGGAGCCGGUUACUGGCAGUAUGAUGAGUUGCCGGGUAUUGGCGCACCAUCCAACCGUGACUGUAGAGCUUAAGUAUGCCGACAAAUGGCAAGCUGAAACUGCCGUCGCCAACUUUCAUAACCAGAAGGCCGACGGUAGAAUCCUCUCUUUGGUUUUGACAGACCCCGGUUAUGAUGAAAAUGACUACAACAGUAUGCGCGCACAGGCUGAUCGCGAACGCAUGAACCGUCGAGGCCCUCCUGUACACAAUGGAAGCCACGGCUUUCAGAACGGUGGCGAUCUCUUGCAGACUAACACAUCAGGCCUUUACAGCGAUCGGAUGACGGUUGACAAUCCCCGAAACAAUAACCAGCGACGACGCCAAAAGCGCUGA